AUGGCCGAACAUCAUGACAUGGUAGUCAUUGGAGCAGGCUGGUUUGGACUCUCAUCAGCGAAGACAUACAUCGAGCUCCAUCCGUCCGAAGACACGCUCGUACUCGAAGCAGAAAGCAGUUGUGGCGGCACUUGGUCAGAGAAUCGACUGUAUCCAGGACUGAAAUCCAACAACCUCCAUGGCAGCUAUGAGUAUCCCGACUUUCCAAUGGACCCGGCGGCAUACGGCAUCACUCACGAUGACCACAUUCCCGGCCGUGUCCUGCACAAGUACCUUACCGACUUCGCGAAGAAGUUCGGUGUCUUCUCCAGGACAAGAUUCAAUACAAAAGUGGAAUCUCUCGAACCUGCAUCCGACGGCGGCUGGAUUGUGAAGACUGUCACCGAGGGGACCAAGGAGAAGACGCUUCACACCAAGAAAGUCAUUGUCGCUACAGGUCUCACGAGCCAGCCGAAUUUCCCACAAUACCCAGGAGCCGAGACAUUCGGUGCUCCCUAUUUCCAUGCCAAAGACUUCUGUCGACAAGGCGAAACGGUCAAGAAUUCAAAGCGAGCCGUCGUCGUCGGCGGUGCUAAGUCUGCGAUGGACGUCGCCUUUGCGUAUGCCAACGAAGGAGUUGAAGUUGAUAUGGUCAUUCGACCGUCUGGAAACGGCCCUGUCUGGAUCUCAUAUCCGUAUGUCAUGGGCGGCAAGCGAUUGGAGCAGCUGCUUCAUGUGCGCUGGAUGGGUUGGUUCUCUCCUUGUCCGUGGGGUGGCUACGACAGCUGGCUUGGGAAGAAGAUGCGAAACUUCUUGCACGGCACUGCAAUCGGACGCUUCAUUGUUGAUCAGUUCUGGGGCGGUCUAGCUGGUGAAGUCGUCACUGCCAAUGGGUACGACACGAACUCUGAACUCCAAAAGCUCAAGCCUUGGAACACUGCAUUCUGGAUCGGAUCAGGCUUGUCAAUUCACAACUACGACGGCAACUUCUUCGACAUGGUAAAGCGCGGAGAUAUUCGCGUGCACAACGCAGACGUCGAACGCCUCUCCUCAUAUACGGUCCACUUGACAGACGGCACCGAUCUCGAAGCCGACGUCCUAGUCUGCUCCACAGGCUGGAAGAAAGAACCCUCGAUCCGCUUCCUCAACUUCGGCAAAGCAGGCAUCGGACUCGACCACACCCCCGACGAAAAAUCCAGCCUCAUAACCCAAUACGACGACCAAAUCCUCAAACUCUACCCCAAACUCAAGAACCAACCUCCUCUCAACUUCAAGCCCAAAGCCGACCCAUUCCGCCUCUAUCGAUUCAUGGUCCCACCCACGCGCAUCAACGACCGCAACAUCGCCUUCGCGGGCAUGGUCUCCUCCGUCUCAACCUCCAUCUGCGCAUACGUCCAGGGGCUCUGGAUCUCCGCCUUCCUCGACGACCGCCUAUCUCACCUUGCCAAGAACGACACUGAGGUCACCAAGGAGGUCAUGUUGCACACCCAGUGGGGCAAGUGGAGGUAUCCCAUCGGCUACGGUGCGAGUUUGCCUGAUUUCGUUUUUGAUGCGGUUCCGUACUUUGAUUUGAUGUUAACGGAUUUGGGCUUGAAGGUGAAUCGGAAGAAGGGGUGGGCGGAUGUUACGGAGCCUUAUGGGCCUCAUGAUUAUUUGGGGUUAACGGAGGAGUGGUUGGAGUCGAGGGAGAAGGCUGUGAAGGCUUGA